AUGUGCCUAGCGGUAAGACGAAGUCAAUCGGUGAAUGAUCCGCAAUCGCUGAGCCAUAUGAGCGAUCAAAUCGAGAUUUCUGUGAGGAUACGAUUCCGAGACUUGCAACACCCGCAAACAUCAAAUGAGAACCGAUUUGUUUGCGCUGUUUACGAAAACGACUCAGACAAUGAGGAUCGAUGGAAUUUAGUUGGCUGCUCGAAGCCGGUUACUCGUCAGAGUUCGACGAUUAAAUUUCGUGAUCGUUUCCCGUUGCGAUACGUCUUUGAAAAGUAUCAAUUGAUUCGUAUCAAUAUUUGUUCAUAUAAUGCUCGAGCAUCACCGACUCGUCUAGCCAACAAUUCGAUUGGUGCUUGUAUCUUCAAGUUGGACGAGUUGACCGGUUCUUUUGGAUUGCAAUUGAGAAAAGCUUUACAUCGAGAAGUCUCAAUUGGGACGGCGAUGAACGCGCAUCGGAGUCUGCCUAGUCCAGUUGGUGGAAUCACGAUCACUGGUUGCAUUCCCGACAAGGAACAACCGAUCGUCAUUCAAUUUUGUGGGAAAAGCUUGGAGAAAAAGGAUUUCAUUUGGGACGAGACGGCUGUUUUCUUUAGGGUUUAUCGAAUUGAAGAGGAUCCAAUGGGUGAAGAGGACGAUCAAAGAGUGAUGUUGUAUGAGAGUGAAGCUAUCAAGAAUCAUUCACACCCACAAUGGAAAGCUUUCUCAUUGCCGACACGAGAAGUGGCGGAUGACAGGAAUCGACUCCUCGAGGUUUGGGUUUUCUACCGAGACGUUGACAACACGGAGGCAGUGAUCGGCAAAUUCUUAACCACAUAUGCUAAAAUGAAGUACGGAGCCGGUCCAGAUAACGUCUACAAUGUGAUCAAUGAGACAAAGAAACAACAGAAAAAGAACUACGACAAUAGUGGACGAUUCGAGUUAACGAAAUUCACUGAUGUCUCAUUUUAUUCAUUUUUGGACUACAUUGUGAGCGGAACUCAACUUCAUUUCGAGAUCGCUGUCGAUUUCUCCGGUCACGAACAGUUUUCGGCAAGCGAGCGAACGAAAUUCGAUACAGAUUUCAUCCUAGCAAUGCGUGCUAUGGGAGAAAUCAUUCGAGACUACAGUCCUAAUCGCCUUUUCCCGGCGUUCGGCUUUGGGGCAAAAGUGCCGCCAAUGUUUCAAGAGUCUCACGAGUUCUGCUUGAACUUCUCGAUGGAUCCAGCUUGUCGCGGGCUGGACGGCGUGACGGAAGCCUAUCGAAAAGCGGCUCAACUCAUUCGAUCCGCCGAUCAGUCAUUUUACGCGCCCAUCAUCAACUAUGUGACUCGACUUGCACAACAGCACGCCUCCGGACUCCACUAUCACGUGUUGGCGAUCUUCACAACUGGAAGAACGAUUGAUGACUAUAAAGACACCCUAGCCGCUCUUCUUUCCGCCGCCGAGGCUUCAUUGUCGAUCAUUUUAAUCGGAAUUGGUAACGGCGAUUUCACUCAUUUCCAAAAGCUUUGCGCCAAAAAGAAACAUUCACCAAGGGAUGCUGUUGAAUUUGUCGAGUUUUCUGAGGUUUUCGACACAUCUGAAAGCAUAUCCGAUAACAAGAAACGGAUCUGUGAGCAGACACUCCACUCGAUCCCUCGACACUUCUUACAGCACAUGCACGGAAAGGGAAUUGCUGCGAAACCGCCAAUUCAGGUGUGCCGAUCUCCUCUCUUUCACUCAUCGUUUCUCAUCCCCGAUCGACCGACCGAAUUCCAUUUGGAUGAGAUUCCAUCACGAUUCCCGGAGAUCAUUCACCCCGUUCGAACGGAUCGUCGUGGAUCCGAUUCUCAUUACCUAGUCGAUUUGGAGGACAGGAUGAGAAAUUUCUUGACGGUGAAAGUGCCCGAGAGAUCGCAUUCAGCAUUGCAAACAUCUCGGGAACAGUAUCAGCGACGGAUGCAGGAGAGGAGAAAAGCUGCGAACAGC